AUGAAGUCAGAUGAGAAGCAGAACUUGCCCACGCUGAACCUCUCCGUUGUUGUGCGUAAUGGUUCUGAUAUGUGCGUGCGUAUGCGUCUGCGCAUGGAGCCCCUGUCAGCCAACAAAAACCUAGAGAUCAGAUAUACGGAAUUAUCAACUAGACGUUUCAAAAGUUUGUCAAUCAGGAGAAGUCGUCAUAAAACCAACAGCCUUUUGUGGAAAUGGCUUGACCUCAAGGGCAGGAGAGUAAACAUUACAUCCAACUGCUUCUCUACUGAUCUGGAUGGCAGAAGAAAACCUGUGUGGGAGUUGCAGUAUGACUGUUUCCAGGCUCACGUUGGCCAUAGGGUUCAGGUGCAUGUGCUGGGCCUCAACAGUACACUUUCCAGCUAUUUGCCCAUUGAACACCAAUCACCAGGAGGAGAUCCAGUACCUGUGUACAGUGUAACCGUGGAUAUCCCUUCUAAACGUUUCAUGGUUGCCAUAGAAGCAGGGCAAGAAGUGUUUAUGAAAUUGUGCCACAAAAGCCUGGAGGUGGUGUGUACUGGAAAGUCACCUCAACUGAUUAAUGCCAGUCUUUACCAAACAGUGAAUAUAAGUUUUCCACACUUGGUUCCGUGUGUAUGUGUGCAGAUGUAUUACAGUGAAGUCGACGCCAGAAGACACACAACCUGUCCAUUUCAAGACAAAAUACUGCCAGGAGGUGGAGAUGUGCUGUCCAGCAGUUCAUACCUGUAUGCUAGCUCAUUAUUUGAAUGGAAGCCUAUUUGCCCCUCUGCCCAAUCUAAACCUGCAGUUUCUCUCUGCUGGCAGCAUCACAGCAACCAUUCAGUUUGUUUUCCUCUGCAAAAUUCCACCCUGCAUGAGACAGGAGACUUGCUUUCUCUGAAUGGCAGCCGUCGGGUCUUCUGUCCUUUCAGCUCAGGUGGUUUCUCUAAAUGGGAUGCUAAAGUGGUUCCUGCAUCUCAAUGCCUGCAUGUUCAAAUCUCCUCCAGUACUCCAGCAUCCUUUGCUGCCCAGUUGUGUGUGAAUAAAGGGGAAGAGUGCAUUCCGAAAGGAGACGUGCAGCAUGUUCAAAUGGCAGAUGGAGCUGAAGAUGUGGAGCUGACCGUGCCCCUGUUCCUUCCAAUCUCAGGACUAUGUGUGCAAGUGUGGCGCACCAAGCCUGCUCUCCUUGGAAGGCGAAUCAUAUGUCCUGACUAUACACACAGAAGAUGGGGUUUCAUCAUUGCUGUUUCAUUAGCGUGCCUGGUUACCAUCACAACACUGGGAAUUCUCACCUAUGCUUGGAUCAAAAGGAGGAUAUCAGUGUGGCGCUCUGCACAGAGGAAGCCCGUGUUACUGGUCUGCUCCUCCGAUGAUACAACUCACAUUUCCACCGUAUGCGCUCUGGCCUCCGGUUUGCAUGAGGAGCUACACGUAGACGUACGCCUGGCACAGUGGGCCCACUGCAGCACCCAGGCCUCUCUGGCUCACCUGGGACCUGCGCCCUGGCUCUACGGACAGUGCCAGCUGGUGCAGCGUGCGGGAGGCAUGGUGCUCGUAGCCUGGAGCCCUCAAGCCCAGCAGGCAUUUCUUAAAUGGAGGGACAGAGGGGGUGGACAGAACAAGAAUGAGAAAGAGUGGCUGGAUACACCUGAAGAAAGCUGUGCAGAGAGGGGCUGUUCAGUAACUGCUACUGUUUUUAAUGCUACACUUUUUAGUCUGUGGGCGGGGCUACGCAGCGAGAGGCGUGGCCAGGGAUUUGGUCUUGUAUGCUUUCGAGGGAUUAGUGGAACUAGCCGUAUUCCGAAGGAGCUCAGGGGCAUCCGGAGGUACUGCCUGCCCCGCGAUCUCUCCAACUUAAUACACGAAUUAAAUCUGAAGGAACACGGGACUGGAAAGGGUGUCGAAGACAGGGUCAGUGGGGGGUGCUGUUUGCCCCGCUUUUUCUCAAAAUUUCUGGCUUUCUGGUUGUCGCAGAGUCUUGCUAGGAGGCUGGAUGUCUGGCUUCCUCAGACAGCCUCGGUAAUAGACAGGAAACCUUUUUUUAAACCAGUACGUGAAGGUGCUGGUGAUAAGACUAAGAACCUGAAGAAGAAAAGGAAGAAGAAAGACUGGUCAGCAUGCCCUACCAGAAAGAAAAGUGUGGAAUGGAAUGUGGUUACAGAAAAAGAGCUACUGGCAUGAGGAAUUUGUGGUGCAAACAGACUGACUCUAUACCAUAACCAAAAGUAUUCAUUUGUUCCUCUUUUAUACAUUAUUUAGGCAAUAGCAGUGCUGGGGAGUCGAACUCUGGACCCCAGCCUGUGUAGACUAGUGCAAUUUACAACAGCACCACCCAAGCACCAACAUAAGGUUGAUGCACAGACUGAAAGAUCUGUGAUUUAUCAGUGCAAAAGGCAGGAAAUACAAUUUUAGUUAGCUUGGCAUAACAUUAUGACCACCUUCCUAAUAUUGUGUUGGCAUGGAAUCCAAGGUUUCCCAGCAUGUAAUGUCGUGAUGAUGAGUUAAUCAGUGUUAUUCACUUCACCUGUACGUGGUCAUAAUGUUAUGCCUGGUCGGUGUAGACACAGUGGGUCUGUUCGAAAACCUAGUGAGCUCUCUACAUAGAUGCAUUUUGUCGUCCUACGCGCUCCAGAGAAGAAGGAUGUCCGAAUUCUUAGAUACCUUAAAAUGCUGCCUAUUAAGGUGCCUUAUUUUAUUUUUUCUCCUCAAUUUUCUCCCCUAAUUUAGUCGUAUCCAAUUACCCUGGUUGCGUUACGUUUCACCUCUACUAAUACAACCCUCCACUGCUGACUGAGGAGCUUUGCAACUGACACACGCCCCCCUCCGACACGUGUGCAGUACCUCUUUUCACCUGCAUGAGGCGAGUUCAUAUGCGAAUCAGCCUUGUGCGCGGAGAGCCACACCCUGGUCAACACAUUAUUCCCCAACUCUGCGCAGGCACCAUCAAUCAGCCAGCAGAGGUCGUAAUUGUACCAGUUAUGAGCAACCCUGGUCCGGCUUUCCCAUCCCUGAACAACAGCCAAUCGUUGUUCAUGUGGCCUCCCAGCCCAGAAGGAUGGCAGAGCUGAGAUUCGACAGACCCAGUGAUGUCACAGAUACAGUUUUCUGUGGCUGGUCAAAUGGUCAAAAUUAGGACAUUUCAGCUCUACCUCUGCUAUUUACCAUUGUUUACAUGCACUGUAAAUCAGUUAAUAAACCAGCAUCAAGUAUUACACUAUGGUCUAUUUAAGGUAAAUCACUGACCAUAUCACAGGGACUUCUUUAAGUCUGUAGAACAGUGUUCCAUUUUGUACGACAGCACUCUUGAAUCAUUAAAUCAUUUACUCAUUGUCUGUUUUACCUCUGCUUUAUGCUGUUCAGGGUCGCGGUGGGUACAAUUUACUGUGUGAAAGGUAGGAAACACCUCAGACAGUUCACCAGUCCAUCACAGGGCAAACACACACAUUUACACACUCAGGGCAAAUUUUCACUCGGUAGCUUCAGUAAACUGACUGCACGUCUUUGGACUUGUUGGAGGAAACCCACACAGACACAGGGAGAACAUGCAAACUCCACACAGAAAGGACCUUCUUGUUGUGAAGCAACAAUGCUGGCCACUGUGUCGCCCAUAACUCUUGAGUCAAAACCAUAACAUUAGCUAUGUGGAUUGUAUGCGAGUCUAAACAAUAAUGGGCCUAAAACAGGACCUUGUGGGACUGCACUCUUUUCGGCACUGAAAAACCCUGAUUACAAACCAUCACAUUUUUUUUUUUUGCAUUGUCUCACUUUUAAAAUACUCAAUUCCCCUGUGUACUUGUCUGUGUACUUGCAAUGUAUGUUGCCUCCUCGACACGUAGUACACCACCUGCUUUCACAGCUACUACUGCACAACCCAAAUAUUAUUCUAUUCUUUUGUACAACCCCAAAUCAGAAAAAAGUUGGGACAGUA